AUGAAGCACAUGUUGCUCCUCGGGGCGCUGGCGGGCCUCGCUCUCGCCGCCCCCGACCACAGGAUGACCCCGAGGAACCUGCCGCCCCCGAGACCCCUGCCGCCCCGAAACGCCCGCCGCCGAUGUUCAGUGCGCCGCCGCGCCUCGCCGUGGCCGUCCUACCAGGGGUAUCCCGCGCAGAGCUCCCUCCCGGACCCGUUCCUGCCCCCGCUCUACAUGACCACCGAGGGCUCUGGCGGCGUGUCCGCCGCCGACCUGAUGGCCGGCAAGGGCAAGGACCGCAUCACCACCCCCGAGCAGUGGUACCAGUGCCAAAAGCCGCAAAUCAUGGAAAUGCUCCAAGAGUACCAGUUCGGCUACUACCCCGACCAUUCCGCCGAGACCGUCGAGGCGACCCGCACGGGCAACAACCUCGCCAUCUCCGUCACCGCGGGCGGCAAGACGGGCAGCUUCGCCGCCACCGUCCAGCUCCCCUCCGGCACGGGACCCUUCCCCGUCGUCAUCGCCAUCGGCGGCAUGAAGAACCAGCCGUACUUGCAAGCCGGCAUCGCCGUCGCCGAGUUCAACUACGUCUCCGUCGCCGCCGACAGCAACGCCAAAUCGGGCGCCUUUUGGCAAAUCUACGGCGACCGCGACAUCGGCGUGCUCACCGCCUGGGCCUGGGGGUUCCACCGCGUCCUCGACGCCAUCACCCAGACCGUCUCCGAGAUCGACCCCACCCGCGUCGGCGUCACCGGCUGCUCCCGCCUCGGCAAGGGCGCCCUCGCCGCCUCCCUCUUCGACGAGCGCAUCACCCUCAGCAUGCCCAUGUCUUCGGGCGUCCAGGGCUUCGGGCCCUACCGCUACUUCACCCUCUCCGGCCAGGGCGAGAACCUCGACAACUCUAAGCAGGGCGCCGGCUGGUGGAGCAGCAGCCGCCUCGGAGAGUUCGUCGGCCACCACGAGAACCUCCCCUUUGAUGCCCACACCAUCGCCGCCGCCAUCGCCCCGCGUGCUAUCGUGGCUGACCAGGGCGUCGGUGACCAGUUUGUCAACUCCAAGGGAUCGUCCACCGUCAUCUACCCGGCUGCGCAGCUCGUCUACGACUUUUUGGGCGCCAGUGACAAGCUCGCCAUCGCCAUUCGGCAGGGUGGGCAUUGUGAUAUGAGCGGAUAUGAUAAUAUCCUCCCGUAUGUCCGCCACAUCCUUCAGGACGAACCCCUGACAAGGGACUACCACGACCUCGGCAGCUACGGCUCGGCCCUUGCAGAGUCUUUCCCUUGGUCCGCUACAGCCCCCAAAGCGGCGUAA